AUGCCGCAGCCACAGGCAGCCGUUCAGAACGACAAGAUCGCCAAUAAGAAACAUCAUGCUGCCAUCCAGCGCCUUAACAAGACCAUCAAAGACAAAGACAAGAUCAUUGCUCACAAGAAUGCAGUCAAUGCCCGUCAAGACGCAAUCAUCGAGGAACAGCGCGAUCAGGUUGGCGCCCAACAGGAGACCAUCAACGAGCAGGAGCAUCGUCUCGAAGGUCAGCGCUUUCUGAUCAAAGGUUUGGUCUCGGACAUGGAGGCUCUCAAGGAAGAGCUUGCUUCAAAGGUGCGUACUUCAACAUCUUCAGCGCUCUGA